AUGAGAAGUGCGGUGUACAGUGUGCUGGCAGCAGUACUGUUGCUGGUCGUGACCCUAGCAGCAGGCCAAAUUCAUCCCGACAUCGUUGAGGAUGCGCAUCUCGAUUCGCUUGGUUUGCUGCGCAAAUAUGGCUACCCGGCCGAGGAACACAUCGUCGAAACGGACGAUGGCUAUCUGCUCGGUGUGCAUCGAUGCCCGGGCAGCCCGUUGUCCCCGCCGGCCCCAGGAAAACCGGUCGUACUGCUGCAGCACGGUAUGCUGAGCUCGUCCGCCGACUACAUCCUGAUGGGGCCCGACACCAGCCUGGCGUACAUGUUGGCCGACGCCGGGUACGACGUGUGGAUGGGUAACGCUCGCGGCAAUCGGUACUCCCGCCGGCAUCGCUUCCGCAGCAACGAAACGCAAACGUUCUGGGACUUUUCCUGGCACGAGGUCGGCAGCAUCGACCUACCGAACGUGAUCGACUACAUAAUGGUGCGCACGGGCCAGCAGUCGCUGCAGUACGUCGGCCACUCGCAGGGCACCACCGCCUACUGGGUGAUGAUGUCGCAGCAUCCGUACUACAAUCGGCGCAUCAAGAGCAUGCACGCGCUAGCGCCGGCCGCCUACAUGCACAACACGCGUAGCCCUUACGUGAUCUUCCUGGGCACGUUCCUGUACACGACCGAGCUGAUGCUGCAGAUGAUGGGUACCUGGUGGUUCGAGCCGACCAACGAGAUGAACAUACAGGGCGGGUUGCAGAACUGCCACGAUGGUGCACCGUUCCAGGCCAUGUGCUCGAUUAACACGUUCCUGAUCGCUGGCUUUAACACGCAAGAGGUUAACUCGACCAUGCUGCCCGUCAUCCAUGCGCAUUCCCCUGCCGGUGCCUCGACGAUGCAGAUGAUUCAUCACGCACAGACGCUUCGAUCGCGCGUCUUCCGCCAGUACGAUCACGGCGCGAUGAACAUGCUCCGUUACGGACAGCUUACGCCGCCGGUGUACAAUCUCGCUAACGUGCAGGCACCGACACUGUUUUACCACAGCACCAACGACUGGAUGGCCGCACCGCCGGAUGUGGAGCUGCUGUACCGCGAGCUACCGAACGUGGUGAAACGGUACCUUGUCCCACUGCCGGCAUUCAACCAUCUAGACUUUGUGUGGGCCAUUAACGUACGCUCCCUGCUGUAUGAUGAACUGUUGGCCGAUCUGAAGGCGUACGUGUGA